UGUUUUUCUUUUUUUCUUAUUCUUCUUUUAUUUUUUCGUUAAAAAUAUUCAUUUUUUUCCUUUUCAAUAUUUUUUAUUUAAUAUUACUGAAAUUAUUUUUAUUAAAUACCAAAACACAUUUUCUUUGUUCUCCUUCUCCUCCAUCGUGUUAUUCAAAGAUACUUAUCGCUCUCUGGGGUUUUUUUUUAUUUAGUAAUUUCUUUUUGGGAUUAGGGUUAGGGUUUCGUCUGGUUGCUGAAUUUGAUCGAUCUAUUUGAUAGUAAUAUAUAUAUAUAUAUAUAAAAGGAGAAAUAUUAUGGGUGCCGAGGGUGAUUCAAGCGAUCCUAAGGUCAGUGGCGGUGAUUCUUCUGGUGGUGAAGGAGGAGAAGCAGUGGCGGUCAAUGUCCGCUGUUCGAAUGGUUCUAAGUUUACGCUGAGGACGAGCCUUGAAUCAACGGUUGAGUCAUUCAAGGCAUUGUUGGCUCAGAAUUGUGACGUUCCUGCUGAUCAGCAGAGGUUGAUCUACAAGGGUCGCAUCUUGAAGGACGAUCAAACCCUACAAAGUUACGGUUUGUCAGCAGAUCACACAGUUCACAUGGUUCGUGGGUUUUCCCCAGCUUCGUCUACACCUCCUCCUGCGCCUGCUAAUUCUGAAAGUACGGGUCCUAAUACUACACCUGGUGUUACACGAGGCGUUGGUUCAAAUGAAGGCGUGGGGCUAGAAAGUGCUGGACUAGGGGCAUCUGCAUUCCCCGGAUUGGGUCUAAAUGCUCUUGGCGGUGGAGGCGGGGGCGGCGGCGGUGGAGCUGGUUUGUUUGGAGCUGGGCUUCCUGAAUUUGAACAAGUACAGCAACAACUGACCCAGAACCCAAAUAUGAUGAGGGAAAUAAUGAACAUGCCUGCCAUUCAAAGCCUUAUGAAUAACCCAGACUUAAUGCGAAGCUUGAUUAUGAGCAAUCCACAAAUGCGUGAGAUUAUUGAUCGAAACCCAGAGCUUGCUCAUAUACUUAAUGAUCCCAGCAUUCUCCGUCAGACAUUAGAAGCUGCAAGGAAUCCUGAGCUCAUGCGUGAGAUGAUGAGAAACACUGACAGAGCAAUGAGUAACAUUGAAUCAUCUCCUGAGGGUUUUAAUAUGCUUAGGCGUAUGUAUGAGAAUGUUCAAGAGCCGUUUCUUAAUGCUACAACAAUGACUGGAAAUGGUGGAAAUGAUUUGGGUUCGAAUCCAUUUGCUGCUCUUUUGGGGAACCAGGGAGCACAAGUCAGAGAUGGAUCUAACAACCCUUCAACCACUGAAGCUGAUACGACUACAGGACAUGCUGCUCCAAAUACAAACCCACUUCCUAACCCUUGGAGUAGUACUGGCGGAGGGACCCAGACAAAUACUACCAGACCAAAUCGAGCUGGGGAAGCAAGGACACCUAAUGUUGCUGGUCUGGGUGGGCUUGGUCUCCCCAAUAUGGAGCAGAUGCUUUCUGGUGGCAUGCCAGACACUAAUCAAAUGAAUCAGCUUUUGCAAAACCCAGCUAUAUCUCAGAUGAUGCAAAGCCUGCUUUCCAAUCCUCAAUAUAUGAAUCAGAUGCUGAACCUUAAUCCACAACUGCGUGGCAUGGUUGAUCUGAAUCCUCAACUUAGAGAGAUGAUGCAGAAUCCAGAAAUACUGCGCCAGUUAACAAACCCUGAGACAAUGCAGCAAAUGCUCACUCUACAGCAAUCACUUCUGUCUCAGCUCAAUCGACAACAAUCAACCCAGGAUUCAGGUCAGACUGGUGCAACUACAGGAACACCUAAUAACAAUGGGUUGGAACUACUGAUGAACAUGUUUGGUGGUCUUGGAGCUGGCAGUUUUGCAGCGCCAACCAAUCCAGAUGUUCCACCGGAAGAGCUUUAUGCAACUCAACUAUCACAGCUUCAAGAAAUGGGUUUCUUUGACACCCAAGAGAAUAUCAGGGCAUUGCGUGCCACGUCUGGGAAUGUCCAUGCAGCUGUGGAGCGGCUUUUAGGAAAUCCAGGGCAAUAGACAUAAUCCGAUUUGAUUUCUUCUGUGUCUCUUUCUUUAGUUGGACAUUUCUUGUGGACAUGUUAAACCAGACGAUUUGGACUUAGGUUCUUGCAAAUGAUGCGAGAGAAAUUUACGAGGAGCAGCUGUAGAUUUCAUUUUGGGCGUGUGAAUAAGCAAGUACACACCAUGAUAGAGCUGUGAACUUGUGGAUAUAUAAGCAUAUGCGUCAACAUUACAGGACUUCUCUCUCCUCCCUCACUCUAUAUAUCGCUCUCGCAUAUGUACAUUUUAUUUACAUCUUUUUUUUUCUUUUCCAAGUAUUGUUUUUGUGAAAUGUUAUCUGCUUAUUCAAUGAGAAAUACAAAAAAAAAUAUUACUGUUGCGGUCCA